CUCAUGUAUGUACCCUAAUCUUCGUACCUGAAUCGAGAAAAGCGUCCAGGUUCACCCCCCUAUCAAUUCUGACCCCGUUUUGUAGUCUUUGCCCACAAACUCCCGUUUCCUCUUAGGUCGGUCUCAGACCCUCCGUAUCGUCAUUGUCCUCUUUUGAUCAUUCGAUUAUCGAUGCUAUCUUACUGCUUCUCGGUGAGAUUCACAAGCCAAUUCUGCUCCGGCGUAGUCUACUGUUGUUGCAGCCGCUGAUAGUGUUAAAACAUAUUGGAGCUUGAGGGUUUGAACAUAAUCGAGUGAGUUUUCUACUUUGGUGUUGUUAUUGAUUUGAUUCGAAUGGAUUUACCUCAAUCGCAGCCAAGUAAUUUGUCGUUAGGGUUUUCAUCCCUCUCUUCGACUCCUGUUCCACCCAAUCGCUAUCGGAUCCAAUCGGCUGAUGAUUCGAUCUCUUUCCAGAUCGAUUCAAACUUUGGCGACCAUCCCAAUCCUCUACCGUCUGUACCACUUCAGUUGAUGGAGAAACAGGCGACGGAAGUUAAGGAUAAGGACGCCGGAGGGAGUAUGGAUGACUGUGAGAUUCGGAUUUUGGGACAUUCUAUGUGUUUGAAGCGGAAGAGGGACGCUGAUUCAACCUCAUCACAUUCUGCUUCAUCUAACGGUGGCCCUAGGGUCUCGAUCUCUAAUUAUAACCAACAAAGUCAUGAAGCACUUAGAAGCUCUGUCAUUGCUUGGGGGAAUCAAAGCCUUCGAUCAGCAGAUCCUGAUUUAUUUCAGAUAAUGGAGAAUGAAAAGGAGAGGCAAUACAAAGGGAUUGAACUGAUUGCUUCAGAGAAUUUCGUGUGUAAGGCAGUAAUGGAAGCAUUGGGAAGCCAUUUAACGAAUAAGUAUUCAGAAGGAAUGCCAGGAGCAAGGUAUUAUGGAGGCAAUCAGUUCAUUGAUGAGAUCGAGACACUGUGUUGUGAGCGUGCUUUGGUUGCUUUUGGACUUAAUUCUGAGAAUUGGGGUGUGAAUGUUCAACCCUAUUCAUGUACAUCUGCAAACUUUGCUGUAUAUACGGGUUUGUUGUUGCCUGGUGAUCGUAUUAUGGGUUUGGAUACACCUUCUGGUGGGAACACAAGUCAUGGGUACUAUCUCCCGAACGGGAGGAAAGUUUCAGGGGCUUCAAUUUUCUUUGAGAGUUUCCCUUAUAAGGUCAAUCCUCAAACUGGAUAUGUGGAUUAUAAUCAGCUUGAGGAGAGGGCUGUUGAUUUCCGUCCUAAGAUACUUAUAUGUGGGGGAAGUUCUUAUCCUCGGGAGUGGGAUUAUGCACGGUUUAGACAGAUCGCUGAUAAGUGUGGAGCAGUUUUGUUGUGUGAUAUGGCCCAAAUCAGUGGUCUGGUCGCUGCAAAGGUUUGUGAUAGCCCUUUUGAUUAUUGUGAUAUAGUUACUGCCACAACCCACAAGAGUCUUCGAGGCCCAAGAGGAGGCAUUAUCUUUUAUAGGAGGGGUACAAAAUCAAGGAAGAAAGGUAUGGUUUUGAAUCAAGGUGAUGUGUGUGAUAAGUAUGAUUUUGAGGAGAAGAUAAAUUUUGCGGUUUUCCCGGCAUUGCAAGGUGGGCCACACAACAACCACAUUGCUGCCCUUGCCGUAGCAUUGAAACAAGUAGCAACUCCCGAAUACAACAUUUACAUGCAACAAGUUAAGAAGAACGCGCAAGCCUUGGGAAAUGCAUUGUUGAAAAAGAAUUGUAAGUUGGUCACUGGUGGAACAGAUAAUCACCUGAUAAUUUGGGAUAUAAGGAAUCUUGGCUUAAAAGUCCAGAAUUUUGAGAAGAUUUGUGAGUUGUGUCAUAUUACUCUCAACAAAGUCAUGGUCUUUGAUGACAAUGGAACUAUUACACCUGGGGGCGUGAGGAUAGGGACAUCAGCAAUGACGACAAGGGGCUGUUUAGAGUCUGAUUUUGAAGCAAUAGCCGAUAUCCUAUUAAAAGCUGCCCAUAUAGCAAGCAGUGUCCAGAGAGAACACGGGAAGCUGUCCAAGGCAUUCUCAAAGGGGACAGAGUGCAACAAAGACAUUAUGGAACUUCGGGCACAUGUAGAAUGUUUUGCAUCUCAGUUUGCAAUGCCUGGGUUUGAAAUUUGAUUGAUUGCUUUCUGGGGAAAUGCUUCCAUGGGCAUAGCUGGUUAAGGGGUAUAUAACUAUAUACUGUAAGUAGAUGCAGUUAAUUGUUACGCAAUUAAUUAGUUGACUAGGAAGGAAGGGGGCUUCCUUUUCUGUCUGGACAGACAUGCUUUGUGGAGCAAUUUUUGUUUCCUCGCUUAUUACUAUGUGCAUUGUUUCCAAUAUUUAUGUUAUUGUUGUUAUUAUUGGUAUUAAUUAAAACAUACAUUGGUAUUCUAUGGCAAUUCAUGUGAGAUUAUGUGUUCGAG